ACGUGUGGAUUACAAAUACUUUACCAAAUGUCUUUUGCUUCAUUCAUCUCCUUUUACGUGUCCCCCAAUUCUCUCUCUCUCUCUCUCUCUCAUCGGAGCUUCACCACCGCCGGUGAUCCACAACAUUCGCUAUAUACCUUUCUCCGAUCACUAUCAACAGCCAUGACUCCUGAGUAUGACUACCUGUUCAAGCUUUUGCUCAUUGGAGAUUCGGGUGUAGGAAAGUCAUGUCUACUUCUGAGGUUUGCUGACGAUUCUUACUUGGACAGUUACAUAAGCACCAUCGGAGUCGAUUUUAAAAUUCGUACCGUGGAGCAAGAUGCCAAGGUUAUCAAGCUUCAAAUUUGGGAUACUGCUGGCCAAGAACGUUUUAGGACAAUCACAAGCAGCUACUAUCGAGGAGCACAUGGCAUCAUCGUGGUUUAUGAUGUGACGGACCAAGAGAGCUUUAAUAACGUUAAGCAGUGGCUGAGUGAAAUCGACCGUUACGCUAGUGAGAACGUUAACAAGAUCCUUGUUGGAAACAAAUGCGAUCUUGUUGCAAAUAAAGUCGUUUCAACCGAAACAGCCAAGGCAUUUGCUGAUGAAAUUGGAAUUCCGUUCUUGGAAACAAGUGCAAAAGAUGCAACCAAUGUCGAACAGGCUUUCAUGGCCAUGACGGCUUCCAUCAAAGACAGGAUGGCGAGUCAACCCAAUUUGAAUACCUCAAAGCCUCCAACGGUCAACAUUCGUGGUCAACCGGUCUCCCAGAACAGCGGAUGCUGCUCUUAGUGGUUGUAUUUGAUGGGGGUGAUGUGGCGGUGUACAAGUAUUGUCCUUGUGUUAGGGUUGGAUUCUUUUUACUUUCUUUGUUUCAGAUUGUUUGCAUUGUAUAAAAUUCAAGAAUUCUUUUUACAAUGUUUGUCAUGUCAAGAAUACAAAAAAAUUGUUCUAGUUCUUUCAAUGUCGUUGAAAA